AACGCCCACAGCGCCUCCCUCCCCUCCGCGAAAAGUCCCCCAAACCGUCUCCUCUUCCCCAUCCCCUGCCCCGCGCCAACAGAAGGCUCGCAUAUCUCGCCGGAUCAGCUAAUUAACCCAUCGGUCUUCGCCCCUUGUCCCUAGACCCGUUCCUCACUCUACCGCACUCGUCGACCUGGGGGGCCCAUCGCUUUCGACUUGUUCCGCCAGCCUUUUCCAGCUCUCUGGCAGUCCUUUCCACUCUCUGGCAGUCCUUUUCCAUUUCUCUGGCAGCUUCAUCCCACAGUGCAUAGCCUCGGACGGCGAUCUCUCAGAAUCGGCAAGAAAAUUGGCCAAGAGCCAAGAGAUCCAGGAUAUUGCUGCUGCUGUACCCGUACAAGUGAACAAACAUACAUAUCAUCAGUGUCAAAUAUCCCAUCUAGCUCCUCCGGAACUACUACUAGCGGACGCACAGCUCAAUAUGCCCCUAUUCUUCCAACGCUCUCGGCGGGCUUCCGAAGCCCCUCCUGCGCUCCAUCCUCCGGAUCCCCAGGUCCACAAGCGGCUCUCCAUAGAUGCGACGUCCAACACAGAUCACAACCCGCCAUUUUCAAGCAUGAACAGUACAAAACUCAAGACGCUGCUGGGAGCUGGUCCUGGGAGUGGUAGCCAGUCUGGGACGCCGAAAAAAGAAAGGAUGAAAAAGAAAUUGACUACCCCAUCAAUGUUUUUCCGCCGUAAUUCUAGCUCUUCUCCCGAGCCUCCCAGGCAAUCUUCGACGUCACUCGACCAGGGGAGCCAUGGGUUACCCGGAUCUGCGCCUGUUGCCACAAGACCUGGAAACGAACUUGCCAUGGCCGAUUAUCGGGAUUCUGCGCAAAAAUUGUCCACCAAGCCAGUCAACGCUGGGUAUUUCCCAUCAGCCACUGUCGUCCCUGAUAACUUUAUCCUUUCGCACACUGUUUCACCUGAAACAUCCUCUCCAUUGUCGCAAGAGUCAGUCAGUCCCAAUGCGCGAACUCGCCCUUUAUCGCGGACUUGGCAGCCGUCGUACCCUCUGGUGCUUCCGGAUGAAGGAUAUGCGGAAGUUCCCCCCAAUGAACUAGUACCAUUGACUACUGGCCCUGAUAUCGUUAGCGCGACGAAUGACGAAAAUGCAAAGCGUCGAUCAACAGAUGCGCAAAUGUUGGACAGUCGGCCAACUACAAAGCAGCAAGAAAUGGUGGUGGUCCCCCCCGAACCGCAGCUUCCCACGCCACCGUUGAGCGGUAGAGUAUCGCCCGAGACUGGAUCACAAAAUGAGGUGGACACAAGCCAGAGACGGCCGUCCUUGGCCCUCAAUAUCUCUGACGAAGUUUUGACGCCGAAGGCUCUGCAGCCUGUGUCCCGUGAGCAGGGGAAUAUCAAGACAUCUGUGGCUGGCGCCGACAGCCAGAUGCUCUCUGGAAACGUCCAUCCGCCAAAGACGCACAGCCAAGAUAUUCUCGCGAUCGCACCAUAUCCAAUCACCCAUCACACUGCCUCUUCGAUUCCCUCCAUAUCUGCCCCCCCCGCCACGCCUUCCUCAACCAUGUCAUCUUCAUCCUCGCCUGUCCGUAUGUCUCACCCAGGUCUAUCCGUUCGCAAAACUACUGUCAUUCACUCUCCCCCUAUGCCCCAGCCCAUCAGGAACCUGCCAACUCUAACCAAUCUUGCAAGCUUAGCGGGUGACACCUCCAGUCCGACUCCAACAGCAACACCAGGUUGGGGGGAGUUGGCAAAGGAAGGAGGACCUAAAACGCCAGGAGGUGGAAUCAUGAGAUCACCGAUAACAAUGAUGAACGGAGCAAGAACGCCAGCUUUAGGUUCAUUUACAUUGAAUUUACCCCCAGGAAAGGCGAAGAAGACACCAAUGACCGAGCAGGAAUUGAGAAAGGCCAGGAGGGCGAUGCCUGUGAUGCUUCGCCAACCGUCAACAGUACCCUCAAAUGAGGAUGACGAAGGUGGAGAUGCCGGAGACGAUGACGACGAGGAAGAAUCUGAGGAUGGCGUAGGCUCUGAUGGUGAUUCCGAUAAUGAUAGCGAGGCGGAAACCACAAGGAAUCCUUCGACAGUAGACUCAAGUCUCAUGGGUUUUGCUGGGAGAUUGGCCAGGAAAACUAGGACAGGUUCUUCAAGUCAAGUUGGAGAGAUGGCGAAGAGUGCAGUAACGGAAGAAGGUGAUGUAAGCGGAUCAAGGGUAUCAAAUGCGUCUACGGAUAUACGUCAUGAAUCGGAUUUUCCACGAUUUAGUAACAUGUCAAACGUACCCGGAUCGACCAUUAUUCCCAAAGCCAAUGGCAAAUCAGUGUGGUCACUGAGUACACCUUGCGAAAAAAGCGAAUCCACUUCUUGGGCACAGUUCAGUAAUGAAGGUACUCCUGUACAAGAUGUUGUGCCGACGGUUAUCGUUGAUACUGGCAAUGCGCAACCUACAGCUGGAGCCGCAGCUGCUAUUGCGAGAGCCACUCUGGAGAGAGGCCAACCAUCUAAUCCGAGCACGCUUACCACAACAUCGAGAUGCUCCUCUGGAUACUUUGAUAGCCAGCCGUCGUCUUCUGGUCCCAGUGCUAUGCCAUCGCCGCUACCUCGAUUGGAUAAAGGAAAGGGCAAGGAUGCGGCUGUGGACUCGGGCUUGGCAGCAUCAGUGACGGCGCCAAGAGUGGAGGACGAAGAGGAAAGGAGUGUUUUGGAGGAGGAAAGCGAGGUUGAGGAAGACGCGCGGAGAGAAGAGCUUGGAGCCAGCAGCGAGGAUACUAGUGAGGUUUCUACUGAAGGUGGAACGCCAUCAGUAGAAGCAAAUGACACUGUCGAAUCUACCGUUCAACCCCCGCCUUCUCAACAAGCCCCCCAACGUCCCUCUCUUUACACUCAGACUUCCAUCUCAAUGAUUAACCUUCCACCCAAACCUCAGGAUAGCGGAGACAGUACUGCAGGUCGAAUGCUCGUCAAACCAAAGUUGGAAACAGUCAAAUCCGGUGAACAAAUGCCCUUCCGUAUCUCUUUGCCACCUCAACAAGAGCCUACUGGGCCAGGUGGUAUUCUGAGCCCCCAAGAAUGGGCCAAACCGCCUCCCACUCCUGCGGCUGGAUUGAAUGGCUUCAAUCUCUCAGUUGCCGGAAAGGAUAAACAAAAAGAGUUGAAGAGAAGAAGGUCGGCAGAUGAUUUAGUGGCGCCACCACCAAAAUAUGAGCCACCAUUCCCCGGGACAUUUAUUCCAAAACCAAGGGACGAAGAGGGGAGGGAAAAGCUGCCAAAAUACUGGUGCUCGGUCCAUAUCGAAGGCAUGCUGCAACGGAAAAUGGAGUUCACCGGAGAGAAGGACCUGGGAACCGGACCUGACGGCAAGAAGAAAGUUGAGAAGAUCCAAGCUCGAGACCGAAGCUGGAAACGCUAUUAUUUCAUUCUGCACGGUACUGCGCUCUUGGUGUACAAAUUUGAUCCUCACAGAUUCCCAUUGAAGACCGAUGCGCCUGUCCCCACUAUUGACGAUGAAGAUGCGGACGAGUUUUUGCAUGUACAUCCAGCGCCUGAGAGAAGGAGAAGGGCAUCGUCGAGCAGUGCGAUCGGUCCUGGUAACAAGAGGAGCUCAAUCUCAGCCGAUCCGGGUCGAAGGGGUUCAGUGGAUACCACAAACUCUAUGACGUGGCGUGGAACUGGUGAUUCUACCUCCCCAAUCAGUAUUCCCAUACCGGGGCGCCGAACAUCCGAAUCUAACAACACUCUUGGUUCAGGCAGUUAUCGGCGAAGCUCUUUGUCGAUAGUGCAUAAUGCCGAAAAUGGGGAUGACGUCAAGGAUGCCGCCCUUUUCAACAGUCAGCGACGUGCUUCCACCUCUGGGACAAACGCCGCCUAUCCAUCGAGCAGCUACGGGUCGACCAAUACCCCCUUAUCUAGUCACUUUCAGCACAAUGCUUUGGUAAAACAGUAUUCGCUGAACAAGACGGAGAGCGGCUUGGCUGCCGACUAUCACAAGAGGAAGAACGUGGUUCGUGUCAGGGCAGAUGGCGAACAAUUCCUGCUGCAGACGGAGAGUGCAAGGGAUAUGGUCGACUGGGUCGAGGCGUUCCAAGCUGCUACAAACGUUGCCAAGGAUCUUGAUGAACGACCUAUGCCAAAGAUAAUAACCCUUCCUCGUCGACGACGAAGACGUAAUCCAGCUCAGCAGGCUGCCGCUGCCGCCGUUUCCAAUCCGGCCAAUGCCGCCGCGUCGGGUGCGAUCAAUCCUAGAGAGGCGACAAUGGUGCAGCAAGCGCUUGUCGCGGCGGAUGAAGCGGAGAGGGAGAGGGAAAGGAUGUUGAGGGAAGAUCAGGAAGCGGCCGCAACGUAAUGUAAUGAAGAUGAUGUCUUGGCGAGAUUUGGUUCAUAAUUAUGUAGCAUUAACGUAAGACAGUACGAGUUCUAUCAAACCGUCCUCCCAAUAGAGUGUCCUGGAUAAUAAUACAAA